AUGAUGAAACGCAAGGAACAUGAGAAGGGCAACUUGGAGCCGAUCCCAGGUAAGCUGCUACAUGUCCUCCUCCCUUACGAUAUGGAGGUGGAGACACUGAGUAGAUUGGCUGGGAAGUCGCUGAUGAAGUUCCUAUGCGUGUCCAAGACUUGGUCUUCCCUAAUCAGAAGCCAAAGAUUCGUGGCUUCUUACUACGCUGCGAAGCCAUCCCGUUUUGUAGUCGCUUUCACCAACAGUGCAUGUAGUGAUCCCAAGCGUCUGUUCAUCUUGUCGGGAGAGGAGGAGGCAACUUCUUCUUCUUCUUGUUCUUCUUUGGUUGCCAAUCUAGACAUGACAAUACCCUCAGUGACCUUGCCUCACGGCGCCUACAAGUAUUUUUCCGUCCAUGGCUUUAUCGCUUGUUUUGAGUUGUCAAAUUUCAUUAUAUGUAACCCUAGCACGGGGCAAGUCGUUACCUUUUACUGCAAGGCACCGGGCACAUCCUUGGGAUACGAUCCUGUAGAUGAUCAAUUCAAAGCAUUGACCCAGGUGACAUCUAACUAUGAUCAUAACCCUAGUGUCAUGGUGCACGAGGUUAUAAACACUUGGACGAGGAGGAGUAGUGUCUCAAACGAGAGGAUACUAAGUUUUAUCACAACGCCUCAGGAGGUCCUGGUUUGGCAGGCUUUUACAUCAUUGAUAGAAUACAAAGGGAAGCCAGCUGUCGUUGUACCAAUCUGUUUGGGAGAAGGUGGUUAUGCUUUCGACCGUUUUAAUCUUUGGAUACUGGAGGAUGUGACGAAACAUGAGUGGUCCAAACAAACAUUUGAGCUUUCCUUGUCUCUUCCCUUCACUCUUGGGAUGGGUCAGCGUAUGAUCUCCCAAGGAACCAACAAGGCUGGUGAAAUCAUUUUCUCCCCAACAUCUCUGCCCAGCCCUUCUAUGUUUUCUACUUCAACACAGACACGAAGAGCACAAGAAGAGUCAGGAUCCACGGAGUCGCUGAUACUGAAGAGUUCUGGAGCCGUCAUGGACUCAUAG